AUGGUGGACCCAAAGACGAGCGUUAUCAAUGUGCUGAUAUUGAAACGUGAUGUGUGGAGCUCACGUGAUUUACUCAUUUGGCUGAACGCUCAGCUGGAAUGUGAAGUGGCACAAAUUAAGGAUCUCCGCACUGGCGCCAUCUAUUGUCAAUUGCUGCAUCGCUUAUAUCCAUCGAAUAUUCGGUUGGAUUGCGUUAAGCUGUACACACGUAAACAAAAUGAGUUUGUGCUCAAUUUCACUUUGCUGUCGAAAUCGUUUAAAGAGCUGCGUAUCAAUUAUGAAGUGCCGCAGAAGCAAUUGAUCAACGGCAUUGGACAUCACUUUUUUUUGAAUUGGUAUCACAAGUUUUACGAGACGAACGUUAACGAGAACAUCAAGUAUGAUCCCCGCAAAGAGCGCAAGUUUAGCAAAAUUGGAAUGAAGCCAUGCCGGCUAACUAACAUCCCAACAGUUGGCACAUUAAAAAUUGCUUACAAUUUCGAAAAGUUUCUUAAUUGCGCCAAAAUCAACAUUGAAUCUAAAGCACACGAAGCAGCUGAAUUUCCCAAAAGGGAAUUUCUAUUUGUGAAACGUUUUACGCUCUUUACCAACACUGGAGAUCAACAAGAUGAAAUCGCUGGUAAGAGUGAGAAGGAAAUUGUUAAAGGUUUGGAUGAAAAGGAUGAUAUUGAAACUCAUAAGAACAACACAGAGGAUGAAUCGCAAGGAACAAAUGAUGAUAAUAGAAAUGAAGAUGAAAUGAAAAAAGUUAACAAACCUUUGAAAGGUGAUGAAAUUAUGCCUAUGCUUACUAAGGAAAAUAUUCAAUAUCAUAAAAUCCUAAGUCGAGUAUUUGAUUUCAUUGCUGACAAAGAUGCAGAUAGUGAAGAUCUUAUUUCGGAUCUCCGGGAAUAUUUUGAAAGCAUGGAUAAAAGUUAG